UCUUCCUCAUUCUCCAUCCACAUGUAUUCGGCAAAGGGGUUGGCGUCGUUUGCAUCGCCCGCAUGCCCAUUUGCCACCGGUUCCUUGCCCUCCUUCCCUGGAGCGCCACCUCCCGGUGUCUUGGCCACUUCAGGACCGCUCAUCUCAGCCGGCUCUGCGCGAUCAGGACAGACACAGUCAGGGAAUGGUGGAAGGAAGCCACACAGUCAUGGGGAGAACAUGAAAACAGAAAGACCCUAAGGCCGGAAAUCGAACCCAGGAGCUUCUCGCUGAGCACUAACCACUUCCACAGUGCGUUUGCUCCAGGCCAGGGUCCCAAAGAUAAUGUUGGAAUUCAUGAGAGGAUUGCAGUGCCUGGGUUCCUUCCUGUCACCUGACUCCAUCAUUUCCCAUGUUUGGUUUCCUGCGUCGACCUCGAAGGAGAGACGCGGACCUUGAGAAUCAUUCGCCAUCUGUUUAAUAGUUUUGGAGUAACAGCUGCAGGCUCCGCAAAACUUGGAAAAUGACUCCCACCGAAUCUUCCCCAAAGGCAUGUCGCCAGGGCUCAAGUCGAACAUAUUGAAGGAAGGCACACGUGAGAAGAUUUGAAAAUGCUGUGGGAAAGAAACUAAAAGAAGGAUGAAAAGCGACAUGAUGGCAUUGGGCCCCUUGGAUUGAGAGCAGUGAGGGGAUACGUGCCAGAUAAAGCACACAAAUGAGGACGCUUGAUGUGUUGUACUGAAGAAGAAGAGCAGAGAGGAAGAAGUAAUCAAACCGAAGGUCAGAAAAUGCCAAGUGGGAGGUCAGAAAGGUACGCCACCCCUCUUCUCCCACUCAGUCUCCAUCACACAUGCACUGUUACGAUGCAGAGAGGCUUCCAUUCUGAGGCUCAAUGCAAACUGGACCUUUUUGUGAGAGGAGGGGAAAAGUCUUCGAUCAGCCUCGGAACAAUUUGGCAUUUUUGGGCGUACCUUCGCAUCCAUCCAGGAGGAGAGAAGAAAGAGGCACAGAGAAUAGCGCAGCACUCCACAGGAACCUGGCCUCUGUAAAGAUGGCUGACUCGGACCACAGCGGCCUAAGAUUAACAAGUCCCAGCUUAUCAGUGCCCUGUUCUCCGGCCACAUCGAGGAAUGACUGCAGCAUCACGCCACUCACACCGUCACCCUCGCCGAGGGCGGAGGUCAGACCCAGGAUGACUUGUCCCUUCCUGGUUGUUGUGGCGAUAGACUUUGGGACAACCUCUAGCGGUUAUGCUUUCAGCUUCACGCAGGACUCUGAAGCCAUCCACAUGAUGAAGCGUUGGGAGGGCGGGGACCCCGGUGUAGCCAAUCAGAAGAGCCCAACAUGUCUGCUGCUGACUCCCGAAUUGCGCUUCCAUAGUUUCGGGUUUGUGGCGAGGGACUUUUACCAUGACCUGGAUCCAGACGAAGUCCGGCAUUGGCUGUACUUUGAUAAAUUCAAGAUGAAGAUCCACAGUACUUGUGAUCUCACCAUGGAGACUGAGCUGGAGGCCGUCAACGGUCGGAGAGUCCGAGCCAUCGAAGUGUUCGCUCACGCUCUGCGCUUCUUCAGGGAGCAUGCUGUGAAGGAGGUUAAGGAGCAGUCCUCGCGCAUGAUAGAGGUGGAAGAGAUCCGAUGGGUGAUCACAGUUCCCGCCGUGUGGCGACAACCUGCCAAGCAAUUUAUGAGAGAGGCUGCAUACCUGGCCGGUCUGGUGUCCCCCGACUGUCCCGAGCAGCUCCUCAUCGCUCUGGAACCAGAGGCGGCCUCCAUUUACUGUCGCAAGCUCCGCCUCCACCAGGUAACCGACCUCAGCCAGCAGCCAAUCACAAAUGGGAUGGACGCCAAUGGAUCGCGGCCCUUGGACUCCAGCUUCAGACGAGCCAGGGAGCAGCUGCGGCGGUCCAGACACAGCAGGACCUUCAUGGUGGAGAGUGGAACCGGAGAACUGUGGUCCGAGCUCCAGACGGGUGACAAGUACAUCGUAGCAGACUGCGGCGGAGGAACCGUCGACCUGACAGUGCAUCAAAUUGAGCAGCCUCAGGGGACACUUAAAGAACUCUAUAAGGCCUCAGGCGGUUCAUAUGGAGCUGUUGGCGUGGACUUGGCCUUUGAGGCCAUGCUCUGCCAGAUUUUUGGUGAGGACUUCAUCCAGAGCUUCAAAGACAAGCGGCCAGCCGCCUGGGUGGACCUCACUAUCGCAUUUGAGGCCAGGAAGCGGACGGCGGCCCCGGGCAGAACCAACGCCCUCAACAUCUCCCUGCCUUUCUCUUUCAUCGACUACUACAAGCGGCACCGGGGGCACAGUGUGGAGGCUGCCCUGAGGAGGAGCAACAUGAACAUUGUUAAGUGGUCAUCCCAGGGAAUGCUGCGACUCACCCAGGAGGCCAUGAACGAGCUCUUCCAGCCCACCAUCUCCAACAUUGUCCGACACAUCGAUGAGCUGAUGUGCAAACCGGAGGUGAUUGGCGUGCGUUUCCUCUUCCUGGUGGGCGGUUUCGCAGAGUCGCUCAUGCUGCAGAGAGCGGUCCAAAAAGCGUUGGGCCGCACCUGUCGCAUCAUCAUCCCCCAUGAUGUGGGUCUGACCAUCCUGAAGGGGGCUGUGCUGUUUGGGCUGGACCCCACAGUGGUGCGAGUGCGUCGAUGCCCACUGACAUACGGCGUUGGAGUUUUGAACCGCUUUGUGGAGGGUCGCCACCCUCGGGACAAGCUCCUCAUCAAGGAUGAGCGUGAGUGGUGCACCGACAUCCUGGACCGCUUCGUGUCCGUGGAUCAGUCGGUGGCUCUGGGCGAGGUGGUGAGGAGGAGCUACACGCCGGCUCGCCGUGGCCAAAAGAAGAUCAUCAUCAACAUCUAUUGCAGCACCACGGAUGAUGUGACGUACAUCUCUGACCUGGGGGUCAGGAAAUGCGGGAUGAUGACUUUGGACCUGCCUGAGCAGGCAUCUCCAGCGGGGGCAUCAGGGCCAGCAGGAGGACAGGUGCGCAGGGAGAUCAGGGCCAGCAUGCAGUUUGGCGACACAGAAAUCAAAGUCACAGCCAUGGACGUCAUCUCCAAACGCUCAGUCAAGGCUUCCAUUGACUUCCUGUCUAACUGAAGGAGCAAAACACUUUCUACAAACUCUUGACACUUUCAAAAAAUAAUCCAAAUGGAAUCAAAUAAUUUGUAGAGUAAUACAGCAAAAUACUGUACAUCCUGGAGUGUUUCUCGAUGUCAUCAUACCUCAUUUUAUUCCAAGUCUGCAUGCUCAUUGCUGUUCGACCAUCCAUCCAUCCAUCCAUUUUCUACCGCUUACUCCCUUUGGGGUUACGGGGGGCGCUGGUGCCUAUCUCAGCUACAAUCGGGCAGAAGGCGGGGUACAUCCUGGACAAGUCGCCACCUCAUUGCAGGGCCAACACAGACAGAUAACAUUCACACACUAGGGCCAAUUUAGUGUUGCCAAUCAACCUAUCCCCAGGUGCAUGUCUUUGGAGGUGUGAGGAAGCCGGAGUACCCGGAGGGAACCCACGCAGUCACGGGGACAACAUGCAAACUCCACACAGAGAGAUCACGAACCCAGGACUACACAAGACCUUCGUAUUGUGAGGCAGACACACUAACCCAUCUUCCACUGUGCUGCCCACUGUUCGACCAAUCACCCUCUGCCACCAAGCUGCCCGCUGUUCAACCAAUCAGUGGCAAAAAGUAUUAACUACUAGAAUGCAUCAGCGGAGUAAUAUUUCAUAGGCAGCCAUCGCUUUCAAUAGUGUUUCAUUUUUGUUUGGGCUAAUCAAUUGCUAUGAUUUGCAUAAAUCAAAGAACUUGAUUUAUAUUUUCCAUGUUCAUAAUCUGUUGUUAAAGUUAAAGUACCAAUAAUUGUCACACACACACUAGGUGUGGCGAAAUUAUUCUCUGCAUUUGACCCAUCCCCUUGGGAGGUGAGGGGAGCAGUGGGCAAGCAGGGAGGUAACGGGCCCCAUUUUUAUAGUCUUUGGUAUGACUUGGCCGCGAUUUGAACUCACAACCUACCGAUCUCAGGGCGGACACUCUGGCCACUGAGUCUGGGUGAUGCUAAAAGAACACAAAAGGAGCAGGAAAGUAACUUCUUAAUCUGUGCAUUUAUUGUUAAGAUUGUUCCAAUAAAUAUGAGAGCACUUGAUGCAUGUUAAGAACUUCUCCUUUCAGUGCAUGUUUCCUGUGUCAAAGAUGAACGUUACAGAACAGUUCCAGAGGUGGAGAGGAUGAUGUGCUAACAUGAUGGCAAAA